AUGUUUCCAUGCUUUCGGAGCCGUGAACAAAUUGGAAUAUUGCUACUUAUCAUAGCUUCUACCAACUUUCUUCUGGCCCCAAGCGAUCUUAAUCAUGAGGUGACUCGGCCUCAGUUUGGGAAAACCAAUGUCACAAUCAAUCAAAACCACAACGUUCCAAAGUCCAACAGAUUUUCGAGAACCAAAAUUUUAGGCUUUGCUGACUACAACUACCGUGAAUAUGCCCUGCGUUGGUACCAGCGAUUGAGUGACUUGGGCUACAGCGAACAGGUUGUUGUGGCUGUGGAUGAUGCAGCUGUGGAUUUCUUCCGCAAACACAAGGCACAGAUUCGUUGGGAGGAGCUUCCGUAUAAACCAUGUACGACUUGGAACGAGGACUCGAGAAUCUAUCGAAGACAAAUAUUUGGAAGGCGAUGGAAGUAUGUCUACGAUCAACUGCUGAAAGGGCACUCGGUUCUUAUCACGGAUGUUGACAAUGUGUUUAGAAGAAAUUUUGCUUUGCAGAACCUCGAACAGUCAGAGUACGACGUGUUUCACGCCUACUCCACCUCCUACCCUACCCAUGUUUUUGAAGAAAUGGGCUUCACAGUCUGCGGUGGACUGUCUUGGCUGCGAGACGACAGUAAAGUGAAACGAUUUGUAAGGAGUCUGGUCAACCGUUGCAAUUGCUUGGAAUUGCAGCCCGACAAACCAGACACAUCAGACGAGCUUUGCAAAAAGUGCUAUUGCGACGACCAGAUAGCUCUCAACGAGAUGUUGUGGAAAGGAAAGCACAAGGUCAAUUGGGAUCACGAGAUGUCCAAGCCUGCAAAUUUGAGUGACUUUCCCUUUGAGGGACUGACGGGUGUAUCUAGCACGACGAAACACCGAAUCAAGGUGUGGGAUCGAAGUUUCGCAUACCGCGCCAAAAUGCCAAACGUCUGUCCCAUCGACAACUGGGUAGCAAUGCCCCUGUACGUGGAUCGAGCCGAUGUCGUUCAAGUAUGGAGCGCCUUGUGUGGCGAUUGA